UGUCAGUCUCCUCUCCCGUCAGCCUUGCGGUGUCCCUGUUCUUCUCCCAUAGUACGUCGUGUCCAUGGACCCGCCGUGUAGGAUUGUUGCUGUCCAUGGUUCACAACUUUUUUUGACGUGGAACUGACUCCUUCCUUCCCCUUCUCUUCGUGAAUGGUUGUGGUCAGCUUAUCAUCCUUCACAGGCUUAGGCGAUGACUGUUCCACCAAUCCUGCACUUGAUUCUUCAUGUUCCUUGCGAACAGAAUCUUCCCUGGCAUGAUUCUGCUCCCGCAACUCUUCUUGAGAGGCCACCGUGUUAGCUAUCGCUGCUUGCUGAAUCGUGACAGCUUUCUGGAGAGACCCUAAAGUCUCACCCAUCGGUUCAAGCCUCUCGUAGAUAUCCCUCUUCAUAUCAUCCAUCUUUGUGUUUAGGUUCCUGUUCAAAUCCUCCAUCUGCGAACUCAACUUCGCGAAUUGUGCAGCAAACGAAUUGUUUUCUCCCAUUGAAUCAGUCGGCUCUGAUACCAAAUUGUUAUGAGCCAAAGCCUUGGCCUUAGCUCUAGUAGUAGCCCCCGUAGUUUAUGCUUAAGAACUAAGAGAACAAAAGAGAACAAAGAGAUUGAAGCUUAACUUCCUUUAACCCAAGUCUCUUGCUUAGAGAAUUAGGUUAAUUGUUUGGAAGAUGAUUUCUUAUUGAUCAUUGAGUCUCCUUAUAUAGGUAAACCCUUACAACCGACGUAUGCUAGAAAAAGUAAAAAUACCAAAACCUUAGUUCAAUUAGAAAAGGCAAUAGCUAAAUAACCGACUAAGAAGAGGCUUUGGGCUUCCUCCUAUGAUACGUAAUGCCAUAUCUCGUAUCAGAGCAUUCCUUGGAUGGAUCACCAUCAGCGAGUUAUUCGUUUGCAGGUUCACCAGGAAGCAAGGCAAGGAAACAAAUCACUCGAAAGAUAUUUACUCUCUCUUUGAAAUUAGCUGGAGAAGGCGAGGAAGCUGCUACAUCAAUCGCUUCUUGGUGUCUGUCCGAAAAUGUUGAUUGCUGGAAAAACUGGGACAAUCUCUAUCAGGAGAAUCCAGAAGCUAGUGUUGCUCUUCUUAAAAAGCUUUUAGAAGAAUGGAAGGAUCUAGUAUUAUUGCCUAGUGAUGCUCUCGCUCUUGGUCAAACUAUGAAGAGCUUCAUGCUACGGAACAAAAAUGCCAUCACUGGAGGACGAGCCAAAGCUUCUCUUUACAAAGAAGCUGACAAGUCCUGCAAAGUGAUCUCGUCGAGACUAUCAGCUUCUCUUUACAAAGAAGAUGACAAGUCCUGCAAAGUGAUCUCGUCUAUUGUAUCAGCUUCUCUUUACAAAGAAGCUGACAAGUCCUGCAAAGUGAUCUCGUCGAGACUAUCUCGUGUAAGAAGCACCCUCAAAGCUACAACCAUUUCUGCUAUGGUUCUAGUUGCUGUUGUGAUUCUUCUAGCCGCUGGUGGACAUGACCUAUUUGCGCAUUCGGUUUUUUGGUUUGGUUUAGGUUGGGGUUUUUCGGUGUACGGUUGUUCGGUUUUACAAAAAUUGAAAUCAUAUUUGCUAACAUAUAAUCCGGUCAACUUUUAAUGUGA